AUAUAGAAGACUCGUUCCGUCGGAUCGCAUCUCUGCGCAGGUAAUAAUAGACAAAAUGGAGACUUACAUUCAACAAGCGAAAUCAGAAGAGAAGAAGGUCCUUCAGCGAUACGUCGACAAAUGCAAAUUUUUCUACGGCAUUACGUUAUGUUGUGUAACGAUUGCGGUUGUCGCUGUGAACUUCGGCCCUUUCUUGUUGCCGCAGCCGUUUCCGUUCGAAGUGCACUAUCCAUUUUGCACGGACGAUCAGCCGUUGAAGACCAUCAUCUAUCUUCACCACAUAAUGCUCGCGUAUCAGAGUUACGUGCAAGUGUGUGCCAACGUCUUCGUGGCUCUCCUGCUCUGGUUCAUCGCGGCGCGUUUCGAGAUCCUGUCCGGCGAAUUUCGCAAAGCGACGAAUUUCUCAGAAUUUAUACGCUGCAUACAGCUGCACCAACAGCUGCUGAAGCGUUACUCUGUGCAGCGACAACCGUUUACUAUAAAAGGUCAAUUUUUGGCCCUCGGUGUGUCUGCGCUUAUAGAAGUUUUCGUCUGCGCAUGGCCAGCUGAUCAUGUAUUAAACAUGGUAAGGCACGCGACAAUUAUUGCGGGUAGAAUAGAAAAAGAGCGGGAUUGCUUGACAUAAAAUCUCUGACACGUCUAUUAUAUAUCUAUAAUCACAGAGUAUUAAAAUUUAAAGAUCCGUGUGAUUUUCUCGUAAGUUAACCCUCUGAAUCCUAAUUUUCCAGAGCGGCAUAUAUACUUUGGGUUUUCGAGUGAAAAGUUAAAUUCAUUAAGUUUUAUCUUCUUGCAAAUUAUUUCAUCAAUCGUUAAAACUAAAGUCAAGAAUAAAGAAAUGCUGCGUGAGUCUAGUAAGUCAAUAACUGUUCAAAAUUCUAAUUGAAGUCGUUAAUUUUAUAUCAUGCUCAUCAUGUGAGCCGAGCAUGAUGCGGCAAAC